AUGGGCAGCCAGAAGCGUAUAGCCAAGGAGCUAACUGAGCUCACCGAAUCCCCUCCGGCGGGGAUCAUGGUCGAGCUCGCCGACGAAGCCAACCUGUACGAGUGGAAGGUCCACAUGGAAGGCCCUGAGAAAUCACCAUUCCACAACGGAAAAUUCCUAGUCAAGCUCUCCUUGCCGACCGAGUACCCCUUCAAGCCACCAACCGUCUCCUUCGCCACGAAAAUCUACCACCCAAACGUGACAAACGAUGACAAGGGAAGCAUGUGCCUAGGCAUGUUACGGGCGGACGAGUGGAAACCUAGCUCCAAGAUCUCAGCCGUUCUCCAAUUCGCUCGCCAGCUACUGGCCGAACCCAUGCCCGAUGAUGCUGUCGAGGGGAGGAUCGCUGAGCAAUACAAAAACGACCGGGCUCGCUAUGAGGAGGUUGCACGCGAGUGGACUCGGAAGCAUGCUUGCUGA